AUGAACGUUUCGAAGAUAAAAAUUCUUGUGAAAUUAAUAUUCAUAAUUUCGAAUGUAGACGCUAGGAUAUUCUGUGAAAAGAAUAAAAUGCCUUUAGAAGUCGGCGAGUGGCAUAAAGAUUACAAGCAAAUGGAUUCGGCUAUUGUCGAGAACAGUCCCGUGACUAUAAACGAGGGACAGCUGUACGUGUACGAGAAUUACUUCCCGGGACACACGAUCAAGUACAUCCACGUCGACAAUCUAGCGAUCAGAUCGUGCGGGGCCAGUGCGUCUAUCAAAAACGGCGGAGUGGGAACGUCGUCGGUACUGAUCGUGUUACACGCAGACUCCAAUCAGGAGAUCAGAUCGGUGAUCGACAUAUGGGGGGUUAAGAACUACGAGAAGACCACUCGACGAGCACUGAACCCGGAAUCGUUGAAGAACAUGAAGUCUUUGUAUUUGUUCAAGGAGUUGCGAGCUGUCAACCACAACGGCGGAUUCUGGCGAUGA